CUAUCUAUCUUUACUCUAUCUGUCUGUGGUGAGAGUGACGUAUGAACAGCCGAAACGAAAACGAAAGAAAAGCCCUCAGUGCCGUUGUUAUCUUCUAAAUUUCCUGAAGAAUGGAGACAAACGGCCAGGCUAAUGGGCUUAAAUCCAGAAAGAAAGACAACAGUGAUGGGAAGGACAAUUUAUGGUCUGCGAUUUUAGAAGAAGUUCAAAACCAGGGUAACACGAAACUACCUUCAAACAAGAAUGUAUUAGUUUUGGGUGAUAACGAAACUGGUAAAACCACACUCAUAGCAAAGUUACAAGGUGUUGAAGACCCAAAGAAAGGGUCAGCCCUGGAAUAUGCAUAUAUAGACGUUAGAGAUGAAUAUCGUGAUGACCACACAAGGCUCAGUGUAUGGGUGCUGGAUGGAGAUCCGGGCCACACAAACCUGCUCAAGUUUGCAUUAAACGAAGACACAUUCCCACACACCCUGGUCAUAUUCACAGUAGCAAUGACCACACCAUGGGGCUUACUAGAUCAACUACAAAGCUGGGCGUCAAUGCUCGGUGAUCAUAUAGACAAAUUAGAUCUCACACCUGAACAAAGGUUGGAGAGUAAGAAGGCACAGACGCAGAAGUGGCAGCGGUACACGGAGCCUGGGGACGAGCUGGAGCCUGCCACGUCGCCAAUGAAGCGAUCCUCACGCAAUCUGGCGGAUGAGCUGGUGCACUAUGAUGAUGAUGACGCGCCACUGCCAGAAGCCGUGCUCACAACCAAUCUAGGACUAGAUAUUGUCGUCGUUGUAACUAAGACGGACUACAUGAGCACAUUGGAGAAGGAGCACGACUACCGCGACGAGCACUUCGACUUCAUGCAGCAGUGGGUGCGCCGCUUCUGUCUGCAGUACGGCGCCGCGCUGUUCUACACCAGCGCUAAGGAAGACAAGAACUGCGACUUGCUCUACAAGUACCUCACUCAUCGGAUAUACGGCCUGCCAUUCCGCACACCCGCGCUCAUUGUUGAAAAGGACGCGGUUCUCAUUCCCGCCGGAUGGGACAGUAUGAAGAAGAUCAGUAUAUUGUACGAGAACAUGCAGUCUUGCAAGCCAGACGAUUACUAUCGCGACAUCAUCGUACAACCAGCCACAAGGAAAAGCGGUGGUCUGCGUGAGGCGGAGGUGUGUGCGGAGGACGAGCAGGUGUUCCUGCAGCGUCAGUUGGCAGCGCUGCAGGCUGGCACACCUGCACCUCGUGCUGACUCCCCACUGCGCGCCGCGCAGCGCACCGCCGCACAGUUGGAUGGCACAAAGAUCAGUAUGGGAGGCGGCACUCCCGGCAACGAGGGUGUGCUGGCGAACUUCUUCAACUCGCUGCUGUACAAGAAGACGGGAUCUCCUGGUGGUGUGGCGGGAGUGCGGGCAGCUGAUGCCUCUCCCGCAGCAGCAGCAGCCGCGGCGAGAUCUGACGCAGCCGCUGAGCUGGACCGCCUCACCCGAGCCAAGCGAGCCCCGCAUCCAGCACCACUGGACCUCAACGCCUCCGACUGCUAGCCUCACACCGCUCACACACGAUUACAUUAGCGAGCGAACACGAACUCAGUCUAGCUCCGGCUCCUCCUGUGAGCGACGCUUGCGCACCGCGCCAACAACUGUUUCAACUUUACUCUAUACAUUGCUGGCUUGUACUUGGUUGUCGAGACGUCGAUGAUCUCACGCAUCGAUGUAACUCGAACACAUCUGUCAUGUCUGCGUCGUGGUGUCGCUUGCAACCGUCGUGUGAAUUCGCGCGCUGCCCUCGCGCUGUGAUUGGUCGGCCGAUCGCGACGGACGAUGGCUAUUGGUGGAAAUUCAUUGUGACGUCAUGUAGCGCGGUAUCGCGGCGGACGUGUCAAUAUCGGCAAAGAGUGAUUAUUAAAUGUAUUGUUUAUAUAAAGGAUUAGAUGUAAAUUUAAUUUUAUUAGGAUUUGGGCAUUUUCCUCAUAACGAAAUUAUUUCAUAUUUAUACAGCGAAAGU